AUGGCGAGGAUGACAUUACGUGUCUUCAUUGUUAACUUACUUAUCAUAUUUACCUCAGUUGUGGAUCAAGCUAGAGCAAAGACAUGUAUAGAUGGAUUAGGCACUUGUGAAAACUGUGACGAGAGAUGCAAGGCAAAGCAUGGACCAUCGAGCGAAAGCAACUGUGGUAUUAGUACUGAGGUGCCGCUGCCGCUAUGCACAUGCUACUACCAAUGUGGAUCCUCAUCAUCACCACCACCCUCGCCGAAAAAAUGUAAUGGUGGAGUUGGUAUAUGUAGUCAAAGAUGUCCCGAAAAAUGUUGUGAUAUGAACUGUGCACAAAAAUAUAAUGGUGGACAUGGAUUUUGUAACACUCUUGGUACAUUUAGUUUGUGCCAAUGCGAAUACCCUUGUUAA